AUGGCGCUUAUGUUACGCAAGAACUUGAAUGUACGCACGGGCCUAACAUCACAGUCCAACACUCCAAUUGUGGAGAUCGAACAACCAGCUAUGCUAGAACAACUCGAAAAUUCUACCGUAUACAAUCCUGCCGUUGAAGGCUCCAAAGAUUCGGCUCAAAUCGAAAGAGAAAGCGCUUCUUUUGACGCAGAUGAAGAUCAUCUGACCGCUGAAACUGGACUUUCGGAUGAAACAUUGCAAUUGCUGCUCCAGUUUCAGAGCCUCGGGUGCCGCUUCGCAGACAACAUCAACGAUGGCACAAAGGACAUUAUCACGAGCAAAACCGUCUGCGUUUCCUACACCGCCAGAGACUCGCAAGUGAUUGCCGAAACUUAUCGGCGCCUGCAAGAAAAGGCAGAGAAUGCUGCUCAAGACUAUGCAUCGCAAUUGGAAUCUCGAGUGAUCCAGGAUCUACAAGGAUUUGACUGUAUAAACUCCUGUGCUCCACAGCGUUUGAAAGAAGAUAUGUUUGGCGCUCUUCAAAGAGACGGAGUUGUCCGACUGAAUCACGUUUUGGAUGCGGAUAGUUGCGAGCGAUGUCUCGAAAGCAUCAAUCGAUCGUUGGAAGAGGUAGACAUAUCAUCUCACCCAAUGGCUGCUAUGUGA